AUGGCGACCACCGCGUCCAACCACUACAGCAUCCUGACGUCCAGCGCACCGGAGCCCGGUAGUAUGCAGCAGGCGGCCGCGUACCGCGACACGCAGAGCCUGCUGCAGGGCGACUACUCGCUGCAGAGCGCGCAUCCGCUCGGACAUGCUCACCAGUGGAUCGCGUCGCUGUCGCACGCCGAGGGGACGCCGUGGCCCUCGAGCCCCCUCGGUGAGCAGGACAUUAAGCCCGCGCUGCAGGGGGACCGGGAGGAGCUGCAGCACUCGCCCGGUCUGCAGCAGCACGAGCAGCAGCAGCAGCAGCAGCAGACGCAGCAGCCUACACACCUGCUGCACCAACCGGUGGCGCACGGGGGGACCCAUCACGACUCGCGUCCGUGGAGGACGACCACCACCGUCACCACGACUCACUUAACGAGCAUGGCGACGUCGAACGGCCAGGGCAUGGUGUACACGCAACCGGGCUUCACCAGCCUCGGGGCCACCGACGAACAGGGUCUCCACCACCACACGCUCCAGGACGCGCACGAGGACCACCACAGCCCGCACCUCAGCGACCACCAGCAGCCGCUUCACGCGCACCAGCAGCAGCAACAACAGCACUCGGGUCACCACCACGAGCAGUCGGACGAAGACACGCCGACCUCGGAUGACCUGGAGCAGUUCGCCAAGCAGUUCAAGCAGCGGCGGAUCAAGCUGGGCUUCACGCAGGCGGACGUCGGGCUGGCGCUGGGCACGCUCUACGGCAACGUCUUCUCGCAGACCACCAUUUGCAGGUUCGAGGCGCUGCAGCUCAGCUUCAAGAACAUGUGCAAACUCAUGCCGCUGCUGAACAAGUGGCUCGAGGAGGCGGACUCCACGUCCGGGAGUCCAACGAGCUUGGACAAGAUCGCGGCGCAGGGCAGGAAGAGAAAAAAACGGACUUCCAUCGAAGUGGCGGUCAAAGGGGCUCUGGAGAGCCACUUCCUCAAAUCUCCCAAACCGGGAGGCGCGGAGAUAACGUCGCUGGCGGACAGUUUACAGUUGGACAAGGAGGUGGUGCGGGUUUGGUUUUGUAACCGGCGGCAGAAAGAGAAGCGCAUGACAACCCCGUGCGGUCCGCUCCCCGGUACGGAGGAUGCCUACGGGGACACCCCGCCUCACCACGGAGCCCAGACUCCGGUUCCGUGA